AAUGAGUUUGCAAAUUUUCCGGGUUGCUAGAAAUAGGAAGAAAAACUAACAAACUCCUCUACGUCACUUCCACCCUCAGAGUCGAUUCUCUGCAGGUUUCAUUGCAACACAGCAGCUUCUCCUGAGCCAAACAGUUAAAGAGAGAAGCAGCGAUGAGUUUUUCUGCAGCAGCAGCAACUGGGUUUGUUGUCCUGUUCCUCUCUGUGACAGUGGGAAAAGAUGAACCUGCCUGGUCAGUUAAAUAUGAUCCAUCUCAGAUCUGUGCCUUUAGAGGAUCAACAGUGACGAUAAAAUGCUCCUAUAAAUAUCCAUCUAUAAUAGAUGGAAGAACAACAGAAGUUAAAAAUAAAAUCUGGUUCACUAAAGUAAAUAAUCGAGUCCCUGUGGAUCUGAUGAAGGACUCUGACUAUAAAGAUCGAAUAACUUAUAACUUUACAGAAAGCAGCAGCAGCAGCAGCUUUCUGACAAUCAAAGAUCUGAAACAAAGAGACUCAGCAAAGUACAAGUUCAGGUUCAUAACAAACCGACCAGGUGGAGAAUUUACUGGAUCACCUGGAGUCACCUUGACUGUUCUAGACCUCAGAGUUCAGGUCAGAAGAUCAGAGACGCAGACGGAGCUGAAGUGUGAAAGCAGCUGUGAUCAAAUCAAACCUCCUUCAUAUGUUUGGUUCAACAAAGAGGAGAAAAUGGAGAAACAGACUUCUUCUAUAGUCGUCUCAGUCAGAGAUGGAGGCAGAUAUUCCUGUUCUGUUAAAGGACACGACGAUCUCCGCUCUCCCUCUGUGUAUGCUCCAGAGUCUCUCUCUGCUAAACUGAUGUCCUCUGGUCAGAUAACUGAGGGACGUUCAGUGACUCUGAGCUGCAGCAGUGAUGCUAACCCAGCAGCUGAAUACACCUGGAGGAAGAAGAACAACCAAUCAGUUGUCAGUAAAGACCAACAGUUUAUCCUCAGCUCCAUCCUGUCCUCAGACUCUGGACAGUAUUACUGCACAGCUCAGAACCAGCUGGGAGAGAAAACAUCUGGACUCGUCUCUGUCAAGGUCACAUAUGCUCCCAGGCCUCCCUCUGUGUCAGUGACUCCCUCUGGUGAAAUCAUGGAGGGCAGCCUGGUGACUCUGAGCUGCAGCAGUGAUGCUAACCCAGCAGCUAACUAUAGCUGGUACAAGGAGGGAGAGGAGGCGCCAAAAGCUUCAGGACAAAACUUCACCAUCACUAACAUUUUGUUCAAGCAGAGAGGAAACUAUUACUGUGAAGCUCAGAACAGCAGAGGGCGCUGUAACUCCACUGUGACCGUGAACGUUGUGGCAGCACCAAGGAACCGAGUCGCUGCUGCUGCUGCAGUUUCUGCUGUUCUGAUUCUCAUCCUCAUCUGCCUCCUUGUGUGGCUCAUCAGAAAACCCAAAGUGUGGAAGCAGCAGUCCAGACCUGGAGCAGGACCAGUUCCCAGUGAACAGGUUAGAGGAGAAAAUGACUUAUUUCUGCUAUUUCAACGUUUUUCUUAAUUAACUGGAUUCUUCAUUCUUUAAAAACUCGGGUGAAUUAUUAUUAUUAUUAAUGUUAUUGAACUCUGAUCUGAUGUCCUGGAGUCUUUCUGCAUUUGCACGACUUUUUUCUCAAGCUGCUGUUUAAAAACCUUUGGAUCUUCAAGAGACAGUUGGUUGGUUUCUGCUUUAGGAUAAAAUCAAGUAAAUCUUCAGUCACUCUUUUCCUUUCAUAAAGUUAAACCAAAAUGAUUUCCUUUCCUUUUAGUUUCUGAUUGGGUUCUGCUGUAUUUGGUGUCUUCCUGAGUAACAUUACCCUAAAGCUCUCAGAGCGCCCCCUACUGGUUAAUGUGACUGGUGUCCACAGGUGAACCCAGCAGAGGAAAGUGUUGUCUACUCUGUUGUCCACUUAGCAACGAAACAGGAAGAGCCUCUUUACUGCAACACGGUCCAACUUGGUCCAACUCGGCCCAAGAGA